AUGAUGAAUCCUUAUACUUUGCGCUUCUUAGAUAAUCAAUUAGAAGAAAAAUACCAAGAAGCCAGAAUUAGACAAGUAUUAAGAAGAAUUUUUUAGAUUGUUGUACUUGGAACUUUCUUACUUCAUGGCAUGAAAAUUAUUUAUGAUUUGGCUCUUAACAAACCUAAUCUGCCCUAUAUUAAUAUUGGUUUUAUUGUUUGGACAAUUAUUGCCUAAAUCACAAUUAAAAUUAACUCCAGGUUAAUAAAAUUAGUUAUAACCAUCUCAAAUAUAUCAACGCUUGUUUUAUAAAUGAAUUUUGAUACUAAUUAUUCUUUGCCUCAAGAUUAUUAUCAAUUCGGAUGCAACAUAACUUAACUUUAAUCUGUCCUUUAUUUCUUGAGUGAUUUUCUAUAUGCUACUGUCUCAGUUAUUUUUCACACUGUCGCUAGAAUGGUCAUUACUUCAUACUACACUUAAAGAAUCGAUAUUUAAGAUUAUUGUUUUUCAAUUUUAUGCGUUGCAUUUGUUAUAUCCAUUCUUUAUAAAAAUGAUAUCAACUCUAGAAAGCAUUUUUUAUUAAGAUAGAAAGAAGAAUAAAUUGAUGACAAAUUAAUUAAAUUAGUUAAAUCCCCAUUUUUCUAAUUCGAUAUUAAGUGUGAUUAAUAAAUAAAUUUGUAAUAAGCGAAGCAUAUCGAUUAAUUUGAGUAUGGCAGAGAAGACUUCUGUGAUGGAUGUAAUUUUAGAAAUCUCCUCAGAAAUAUCUUUAUUGAUAAAAACACAACAUUAGAAUAAUAAUUACUUAAGAAUCAUGAACAGGAAUAAAAUUAUAAAGUUAAAUAUAUUCAUAACCAUCAAAAAAUGUAGAUCGAUUUAUAUUUUUGUAAUUUAGGAAUUGGAUAUUCAAAAUAUAUUUUGAUUUUAGAAAAUAUUAAUAAUAAAUUCAUUACAAAAACAAAAACCUAUUCUAUUUAAGAUGUUUGGGCUUAGAUUAAAUUAUAAAUUAAGCGCAUUACUAAAUAAAAUAUUAAUUUAAGAAUCUUUUAUUUUGGUGUACUUUCUACUAUUAAGAUAAAUGACACAUUUAUUUAUUAAUUAAAUUUAAAAAAGUAAUUUAAAAAAUUCAUUAAACUCCUUAAUUGUCAUGGGAUCCUAGAUAUCAAAGGAGAAAGAGUAAUUAAUGUCAAAACUUAUGGAAAUUAAUUAAAUAUUUGGAUUAUCUAAGUUGUUCUAAUAAUAUAGUAAAUUACUUUAAAUAAAAAACAAAAAUCUUUUAUAUUUAUAGAAAUGCAAGGAGAAGAUGUUAUUUUAAUAAAAUUCAUUUUGAAAGAUCCAUCCUCAUUUAUAGUAAAUUAUUAUAGAAAUUUUUUCAUUAAAUAAAUUUCGCAAUAGUUAUUAUGCAAUAAUUUAAACUCUAAAUUGGAACUUAAUUUAAUUAAAAAUAUUUAAUAACCAUUUGAUUAUAUAUGA